CAAAACAGAACGUUCGAGUAAGUUAAUAAAAAUGAAAUGAUUAGCCAGUCAUAAAAACACAAGAUAAUUCGCAAUACGCACACCGUUUAAUUAUCAACUGUAGUUGCUGCGAGCAUAGCCGAGCUAAUUUCGAUAAAUAUCGCCAACUUUGAAUCGAUGAUUCGAUAAACGGUACAUUUUACAUCACUACACAGCGGCGUCGGUGUCUCUCUGCAAUAGAGUAUAAAUCCGCGUUUAUUUUUUUUUUGCCUCAAUUUUUGUUAAAGAAAAUUGUUGCAGCCACGGUAAGUGAUUCAAAAAGUUGCAUUAAAAAGAUUGGCAACAGGCGUACAGACAACUACGCAGCAUAUUUCGUUUCGCGUUUCCAUUUGCCGUGUAUGUUAUUAUUUUUUACGCGUGUGGUUUUCGCGCUUCGUUCGCUUGGGGCUGAAGCUUAGGCGGCUCGAGCAAAACUGUGGAUGAGCUUGUGUUUGUGGACGCAACAAGAUAGCUAAAAACCAUCAAUCAUAAGCACUUACCCACACACAAACACACACACACACACACACACACAUUCACACACACGCAAUGGAUUUGUUCGACUUGGUGCGAGCAGCUCCACCGCCGCCAAGGGUACGAGAGGCGGCAGCAGUGCAGCCAGAGGCUGAGGCAGGAGCAGACGCAGAUCCGAAAGAAAAACCCUCUACGCCGCCGCCAUUGCCAAUGUCGCCCAUUUUUAAUCCAGAGGAUGAUUCCGAUACGGAAAUCGCACUACCGCGCUCGCCGGUGCCAGCAUCACCCAUUUACAAUUUGGCUGAGGAGGAUGACAAAGCAAUAGUGGAUGACACUGCUGCUGAUGAUGAUGCCAAUUCACAGGAAGCCGCGCUUGUUAGCGACAACAAUGGGGACGACAACGCCGAUCGCGACUGCGAUGCUGACGGUGAGCAAGAGGAGGAGGAUGAGGAUGGGGAUGAUGAGCAUCGACAGCCACAGCCGCCCAAGACGAAGGCCCAACAGAAAAUGUUUGCAGAUGUGCCAACAACUUCCAAGAAUAAAACUGGUACCUCGGCAGGCAUUAGACAAUGCUUGGUGCGCAUUAAGCGCUUGAACCAGACAGAGAUUGAACGUUUAAUCAAACGGAAAGCCAGCAAACGCGGCCGACCACGUAAAAUGGCAUCAGAUUCACCAAUGCUGGACGAUUCUCCAUCGCCGCCCAAAAAGCAAAAAACCAUUAAUAAGGUGCACAUCAAAGUACCCUGGAUGCAGAACGGUGCCAAGCAACGAGUCAUACAGACAACGUCACGUGCACACACACCGCCGCCAAAUCUGAAAAGAUCGCUCAAACAGGCCAGGCCAAACAGUGUCAGCAAGGCGCUGGUGCAGCGUUAUGGCGCUCGCUUCUUUAAAUGCGUGGUCAAGUUGAAGCGCCUAACUGGCGCGGACAUCUACACGCCGAAGCGCGCAAAUCGAAAGUCCAAAUCAAAGCUGUCGGUUUCAUUUAGUGAAGCUGUCGAGAUACUUGGCAGUAAACCGCGCAAAUCAUCGUCCAUUGCGGGUACGCCCAGGCUGCUGUCGAAAUUGUGCAAUUCAGUGCCAACCCGUUUGCAACGUGUCGAUGCCACUGGAAACGUGCUCGAGGACAUUGAGCUUAAACACGACACCGUACUCGGCUCUGCUGGCAGCUCGGCCAGCCCAAGCAAGCGGUCCGGGCGAACGGCCGCUUGCAACGGCGGCCGACGUGGUCCUAAGCUCAAGCGACCGGCACUGCGUGUUCCAGUCAACGAUUUGGCCAGUCUGCGCAUCGAUGACAGUCAGGAUGAGGAUGUGGAAAACGAAGCCGGCGACGAGUAUAUUGUGCCCAACGAAAUGCCCGACUAUCAAACAUUGGGCGUGCGUCGCUCUGGCACUCCGACCCCAGUAAAACGAGUAACAGUAACUACAACAGUGAGUGACGAGGAGGGCACCGAAGGGCCAGAGCAAGGUCCGGAGCCAGUGCCAGUGCCAGUGCCAGAAAGUGAUGCUGAUGAAAUCGCAUCACCAGCCGAGAAACCACAAUCUCAACCUAAGAAAGAGGAAACAGCUGAGCAAGAACAUGAACAGAAGCAAACGGACCCGGAGCCGCAGCCAAAGGAUGAUGAACCGAAGCCUGUGGCUCCUGAACCGAAGCCUGUGGAACAAGAGACAGAACAGAAACAGUCGACAGACGUGCUGGAGCAGAAAGACUUAAAGGAAAAAUCACCUGUAUCGACUGCCCUAACGGAUGAUGUGACAACCGAUGACAUUUUAGAGAUUCAAACAUCCAUUGAGGAUGUACGGGAGCUGCACACUCCGCCCUCACGACAAAAUACGCCACAGCUCCUGCCGCAGACACCCAAUCGCACCGUAGGCUUUGAGUCACCAGAGUCUGACACCAGCUUUAAGUCGGCCCAUGAGCAGGAAACCAGCAGCGCAGCUCUGACAACUGCUGAAGAGGCGCCGGCGCGGCAAAUCAGCGAGACAGAGACGGUGGACACUGAGUUGACACCGCCUGUUGCAGCGACCACCACCUUCAAUGCCAGUGAACCAGUCAGCGGCACCAGUAGCAUACCGCAACCGCCGUACUCGCCGAUCGGUGAAAUACCGACUCUAGAUGACGAUGAACUGGGCCAGCUUGUGGAGCCGGAUUUUCAAAUAAGCAACAGCCUCCAUUCAAACUCCAGAGUCACCAUGGAGGAUAUUCUGACAGUGUUUGAAUCUUAGAAAUUCAACUAAAUGAACGCGUCACGCAAAAGACAGUUAUUCGCUUUGACGUGGAUCCUCGGCCUUGGACAUUCAAAUGGCUUUUUUGGAGGAGCUCAAGCAACACAACAACAACUAUUUUUAUUGAGUUAUUUUUGUUGUUCUACCACAGUUUAUUAUUUAAAUCCUUUUUUUUGUCAUACCUGCCGUUUGGGUAAUAUACUCAGAAAUGCACCAUUUGUUGUAUAGGCGCAUUGCAUAUGGUAUAGGUGUGUUGAUCGCAAGUCUUUGUUAUAGAGCAGGGUAUUCAAAAAAAAAAAAAAAAAACAAAAAAAAACGACUAUUAUCUGCUCAGUUAUUACCAACAGCUCUAGUCACGCGAGCGUUUAGUUAACAUGUGAACUCUCUAAGCCGUGAACGGUUACCAUACAGCUAACAUGAACUUUAACAUUAAUGUUUGGGAUGUCUAAACACAGUUAUGCCGAUCAAACAUACACACACACACACACACACACACACACUCAUACACAUCGACACAUGCAACACAUUCACACAGAGCAACAAAA